CCUGCACCAGCCCAAUAGCCAUGGAUGCUGGCAUGACGAGGCGUCAACUAUUGUUUAUCGUUCUUCUCACCGCCCUUACCGUCUUCGUAUAUCACAGGCAAUACUACUCGGCUACAGAGCAAGAGAUAAUCUCGCCCAGCGAAGCCAUGCCGCCCAAACCUCAAUCUCCCACCGUGAUAGUCGUCGGCGCCGGCCUGGCCGGCCUGUCGGCCUCGUACUCUGCCCUCAGGGCAGGCGCAGCAGUCCGGCUCCUCGAGCGUGCCGAGAAGCCCGGCGGCAACAGCAUCAAGGCCUCGUCCGGGAUCAACGGGGCACCGACCCGGUUCCAAAAGGGACCCGACACGUCAUUCCACAGCGACACGGUCCGGUCCGCUGGCGCAAGGCUUGCCAAAGCAGAUGACGCUGCUGUGAACUUCAGGCGGAGGGAGCGGGAGUCCCUCAUCUCGCGGCUGACCGGCUCUUCUGCCCAGGCGGUGGAGUUCCUGGUGGACGAGAUCGGCGUGGACCUCAGCGUGGUCGCGCAGCUGGGCGGCCACAGCUUCCCUCGCACACACAGGGGAGGAGGCAAGCUCCCGCCCGGGGCGGCGAUUGUCACUGGGCUGUUGGAAAAGCUGAAACAGGACCCGAACUUCCAACUUCAGACGGGGUGUGAGGUCAGCAAGAUAUUGACGCUGCCUGAGGAUAAGGGGACCGUCACCGGUGUCCAGUAUACCCAAGAGGGCUCGCCACACACGCUGGAAGGAGCCGUAGUCUUCACGACGGGCGGGUUUGCCGGUGACACUUGGGGAUUGCUGAAGCAAUACCGGCCAGAUCUUGCCGGUCUGCCGUCGACGAAUGACAACCGGCCGGGGACUCACGGCAUCCUCACAGACCUGGGUGCUCAUCUUGUGGACAUGGACAGCGUCCAGAUCCACCCGACUGGUUUCAUACUUCCCUCGGAUCCUCAAUUGAGGGUGAAGUUUCUCGCGGCCGAGAUGCUCAGAGGCGAGGGGGGAAUCCUGUUGCACAAGGGGAAACGUUUCGUCAACGAGAUGGACACAAGAGAACACGUCAGCCGCGUCAUAAUGAGCCUGCCUCCUGAGGAACCAAGCCAAGAGGGUUCCGAGAAAUUAACUCAAUGGGACGUUGAGCUCCUGCUCGACCCAGGCGCGUGUGAGGCGGCCGGAUCGCACAUUGGAUUCUACACGUGGAAGGGUCUGAUGUCGAAGAAGAAAGUCAAGGAAUUGGAUGAGACAACGCGACAAACGAUCCGCGAAUACUCACAGGUGGCGACUGGCAAGGCAGAAGACAGCUUUGGCCGGGCCACAUUCGGGUCCUGGGAGCUGACAGGGACCGACGCGGACGACGAGCAGGAGGUGUGCGUCGGGCGGGUGACACCCAUCACGCACUUCACAAUGGGAGGCGCAGCUAUCAACGAGGAGAGCCAGAUACUCGUCUCUGACGGGGCCGGGUCGGACUUAAAGCCCGUACGAGGUUUGUGGGCGGCCGGCGAGAUCACCGGAGGACUUCAUGGUGACAACCGGCUGGGCGGGUCAUCGCUGCUCGAGUGUGUAGUCUUUGGCCAAGCAGCGGGCCGAGGAGCGGCUGCAUAUGCCAGGCCACCAGCGGUCUAGAUGCGUUUCUCUUUUCACUGUAGCAUUUCGAAAAGGCAGUAACGGGAGGCAAUUUGAGACCAGAGUUUCCCUACUGUGGUGAUAUGUGGCGGCGCGGGAUCCGAGGUAAAGAUGUCAUGCGUCGAAACAUGUUUUGAGGCCCUGAAACACUACCACGUUGCCCACGACGGCUGGAUAGCAGGACCGUAGGAUUCCGGGCUUGGGACUCGGUCGGUUGCUAGUGCACCAUAAAGGCGCCGACCAUAUCGCAAG